AUGCAGAGCUCUAAUCCGCUGUCCUGGAGAUGGACAGCUUAUCUCUGUCUCCUGUCCGUCCUUUUCUCCCUCUUCACACCUGCAGUAAUGGUCAAGGAAAACGAUUUCAAGAAGUGCCAUCAGUCGGGCUUCUGUAAACGCAACCGAGCUUUGGCAGACCACGCGAUUUCCCAAGGAACAUCAUGGCAAGCACCAUAUACAAUCGCCCACGACCAGGUCUCGUUAAAGCAUGGCCAACUCGAAGCAACCAUUCUGAAGACCAUAGACCAACAGGGCACCACCGUUAACCUCCCUAUAACCGUAUCCUUCUUGCUGUCAGGCACCGCACGAGUGACUGUCGACGAAGAAAAGCGCCAGGCAAAGAGCAUAGAGCUACGAAAUGGCAGCGGUGCAAGAAAAGAACGAUACAACGAGGCCGAGAAAUGGGCCAUUGUUGGAGGGUUAACUCUAGACAAGGAUGCCAAGAUUUCACACCAAGACAAGAAGGGCAUCACCAUCAAGUAUGGCCCAAACUUAGAAUUCGAGGCUGAGAUCAAGUACGAACCAUUCGCUAUUGACUUCAAACGCGAUGGUACUUCCCACAUCAAGUUUAACGACCGUGGGCUAAUGAACAUGGAACACUGGAGGCCUAAGGUCGACAAAGUCGAACCUGAGAAGGAGGGGGAAGAAGAGAAAAAAGAAGGCGAAGAGGAGCAGAAACAAGAGCCGAAAGAGGUGCCUCCACAUCUGGACGAGAGCACGUGGUGGGACGAAACCUUUGGAGGCAACACCGACUCCAAGCCUCGUGGCCCCGAGAGUGUGGCCCUCGACAUUUCGUUCCACGGAUAUGAUCAUGUCUACGGUAUUCCUGAACAUGCUGGUCCCUUGUCUCUAAAGGAGACUCGUGGUGGCGAGGGAAACUACGAGGAGCCCUACAGGCUGUACAAUGCGGAUGUUUUUGAGUACAUACUGGACAGUCCCAUGACACUCUAUGGCGCCAUUCCAUUCAUGCAAGCACAGCGAAAGGACUCGACAGUCGGUGUCUUCUGGCUCAACAGCGCUGAGACCUGGGUUGAUAUUACGAAAGCCAAAGAGUCCAAGAACCCCCUUGCCCUCGGCAUCGCAACAAAGACUAGCACGCACACCCACUGGAUCUCCGAAUCUGGGCUGAUGGAUGUAUUUGUCUUCCUCGGUCCAACACCUCAAGAUAUCAGCAAGAAGUAUGCUGAGCUUACCGGCACCACGGCCAUGCCGCCAGAGUCUGCUCUUGGUUACCACCAGUGUCGCUGGAAUUAUGUUUCUGACGACGACGUUAAGGAGGUCGACCGCAAGAUGGACAAGUUCAAGAUCCCUUAUGAUGUCAUCUGGCUUGAUAUUGAAUACACUGAUGAAAAGAAAUACUUCACCUGGGAUCCCAACAUGUUCAAGGACCCCAUCUCCAUGGGCAAACAAUUGGACGAACAUGGCAGGAAGCUAGUGAUCAUUAUCGACCCACAUAUCAAAAACACGGGCAGCUAUCCCGUCAUUGACGAAAUGAAGUCUAAGGGUUUGGCUGUGAAGAACAAGGAUGGCAAAGACUUUGACGGCUGGUGCUGGCCUGGUUCGUCCAUGUGGAUCGAUGCGUUUAGUCCGGCUGCUAUCAAAUGGUGGUGUUCGUUGUUCAAGUACGAUGCCUUCAAGGGCACUUUGGAGAACACAUAUAUAUGGAACGACAUGAAUGAGCCCUCGGUGUUCAACGGACCAGAAGUUACCAUGCCCAAGGAUAACUUGCACCACGGCGGUUGGGAGCACCGCGACGUCCACAACAUCAAUGGCAUGACGUUCCACAACGCAACCUAUGAGGCUCUCUUAACGCGCAAGACAGGCGAGCUCCGGCGUCCAUUCGUGCUCACACGCUCUUUCUUCGCUGGUUCUCAGCGGCUCGGGGCUAUGUGGACCGGAGACAACCAAGCCAGUUGGGAGCAUCUUGGUGCAGCCGUGCCCAUGAUACUUGCUCAGGGUAUUGCAGGAUUUCCCUUCUCGGGCGCUGAUGUGGGCGGUUUCUUUGGCAAUCCUGAGCUCGAGCUCCAGACCCGUUGGUUCCAGGCUGGUGCCUUUUACCCCUUUUUCCGUGGCCACGCACAUAUCGACGCCCGUCGUCGGGAGCCGUAUAUGGCUGCGGAACCAUACCGUUCCAUUAUCACGGCGGCACUUCGCCUCCGUUACAGCCUGAUGCCGUCGUGGUAUACUGCUUUCUUCCACGCCAAUAGAGACGGUAGUCCCAUCAUCCGUCCUAUGUAUUGGACACACCCGGGUGAGGAAAGCGGCUUCGCUGUGGAUGACCAGUUCUUCGUUGGUUCGACUGGCUUGCUCGUUAAGCCAGUCGUUGAGAAGGAUAAGGAUACGGCAGAUGUGUACAUCCCCGAUGAUGAGAACUACUAUGACUACUUCACGUAUCACAAGCUGCCCACCUCCAAGGGCAAGACGGCCUCCGUUCCGGCACCCAUUGAGACCAUCCCAGUCCUCAUGCGUGGUGGCCACAUCUUCCCGCGCCGUGAUGUACCAAGAAGGUCGACUCAAUUGAUGAAGUACGACGAUUUCACUCUCGUUGUCGUGCUGGGCAAAAACGGAAAGGCCGAGGGCGACCUGUACGUCGACGAUGGCGAUAGCUUUGACUACCAGAAGGGACAAUAUAUCCAUCGGCUGUUUAAGCUCAAGGAUAAGUUGCUUACAUCCACUGCCGCAUCGACUCAUGAGGGUAAGAGCCUUAGUGAUGGUGACUGGAUGAAGCGAUUCUAUAACGUCAGCUUUGACAAGGUCAUUAUUGUUGGCGCGCCAGCCAGCUGGGCAAACAAGAUAGAAGUAACGGUGAAGUCGGAAAGCAAGGAGCGUCCCGUCAACUUGGAAUAUCAUAAGGCGGAAGGUGCGAAGGCUGCCUAUGUGGUAUUGAGUAGAUUAGGCGUCCGUGUAGGUGCGGAUUGGGAGGUCAACUUCGCAUAG